AUGGCAGUUCUUGUGUGGUGGUACAAAAUCAAAGUUGGUGAUCAUGAAUUAAGAAGCUAUGAAUCAUCAGAACAAGAACAUAAAUUCCAAGAAAUAUUURUACAUCCSGACUACAGGCAUGAUCCCAUCUAUGAGAACGAUAUCGCUYUAGUUAAACUAAACCGUGAAGUCUUUCUGGGCCCGUAUGUGCGCACUGUUUGUCUUCCUGGAACUGACCUGGACCUUGCYAAACCAGGUACAGUAGGAAUGGUUKCUGGAUGGGGAAUUACUGAAUCYGGUUAUGGUUCYUCGUUUCUUCGCUACUCCACGUUUACCAUCAAAACAAACAAUGUUUGUGGGAGAGCAAUAAGCUUCUACUACAACAAGACAGUAGCAUUCUGUGCAAGUGAUGUUAAAGGACACAGCGCGCCAUGUUAUGGUGACAGUGGAGGGAGUAUGGUACGAAAGUUGUUCCUAAAUGGAAAAUAUCGAUAUGUAACAAUUGGUUUAGUCAGUUGGGGUGGAUGUACUUUAGGAAAUUAUUAUGGGUACUACACAAGACUGCAGCCAUUCUUACCGUGGAUCUAUCAUAAAGUCAAUUCCACUUGUAUGGGCCCUGCUCAGCCUAAAAAUGGUGUAGUUACUCCAGCCAAGAGCGUGUACCAGCCAAAUGAAGUCAUAAGGUUUACGUGUAACAUAGACUACACGAGAAUCGGAAAAUCAAAACUGACCUGUCAACGAGAUGGAACUUGGAAUGGAUAUAAACCAAUAUGCGUCAAAGCCCAACAACAGUGCAAAAGAACCAACACCAAGCCAUAUCGAUACUGCAUCGGUGAUAAAGUCUGUUCGAAGGACAAAGACUGCAAGAAAAAUGAGAAAUGUCUUUGUGACGGCGAUUGUGGAAUGAGUUGCAUCAAAAACGGUGGGUAUUUUUUUGUUAUUACAUGUAUUUUUCCUUUAUGA